GGACGGAUAGCUGAACCCAGACCACAGUAAGUCCAUUUCAUCUAUCAUCUAAAGACUUCAAAGGAAACCAAAUUUGGAGGUAUUUUUGAAGAUGCCUGGACUCCUAACCCUGGAAAAAAAAAAACAUUACACCUGGCAAUACUGUUUCUUAAUCUUGACUCGACGCACCCCCCAACCAUGGUAGUGACUUCCAAUGCUAAUCAACAAGCAAAACCAGCAGUGGCCAUCAAUAAGCGGUCAAGAGUCCCUGGGGUUACAAUCACUCAGUAUGUGGAACGAAUUCCUCUGGGGAAAUCAACGCCCGACUUCACCAGGAAGCCGAUGGCCACAACUGUCCAAGAAGGUAAAAAAGCAAUAUUGAAAGCCACUGUGAGCGGCGAGCCGGCACCCACCGUGACAUGGGAGCGCAGCAAGGGAGACAUGAAGGACCCAGACAAAUACAAAACAAGAUGUGAUCAGCGGACACAAGAGCACAUUCUUGAGAUCCUAAAUGUCAAAAUGGAGGACGCAGACACCUUCCAAUGCAGUGCGACCAACGAGUUUGGCACGGCUAUGAGCACUACGACUGUGAAAGUGAUUGAAGCUGGUUUCAAGCCAAAGAAACAAGAUGAAGGUGCGCAGGACUUCAGAUCGAUGCUCAAGAAAACUGUUGUGACCAGAAAAAAGCAACUGCCACCGAAGAAAGAGGGAGAGAUCGACCCAAAACUCUGGGAGCUGCUGGUCUGUGCUCACAAGAGGGACUACGAAAGAAUCUGCUUGGACUUCGGUGUCACUGACUUUCGCUGGAUGUUGAAACGACUGAAUCAAAUGAAGAAAGAGAGGGAAGAAGAACAGGCGAAGGUUGUAGAAAAAGUGCACAAUCUGAAACAAAUUCAAAUGAAGCCCAAUGGAACAGCGGAGUUCAGUGUCGACAUGACUCUGCGGGACCCCAACAGCGAAAUCCGGUUGUACAAGGACGGCAUCUUGGUCCAACAUGGUGAAGAUGAAAACUCAAGGCCACGACUGAAGAAAAUUGGGACAAAGUAUGUGUUCACCUUUAAAGACCCUCAGCCUGAAGACGUUGGACUUUACCAGCUUGAUGUUGAGGAGGCAAACAUUCUCACAACUGAUUUUACGUUGCCCAAGGUUGAGUUCAUGACACAGAUCAAGGAUGUGAAGGGGAUCGAAGGGGAAGACGCAGUCUUUCAGUGCCUGUUGUCAGCACCACAGAACGGAAUCACUUGGUCAACAGAGGAAACAUCACUGGAGGACGGAGAGAAACACCAGAUCACUGUCUCAGAGGACAAACUGAUUCACACGUUAACUGUAAAAAACUGUGCUAAAACAGAUAAAGGAAAAUAUUUUGCCAUGGUUGGGGUCAACUCAAGCUCUGCGUCUCUCACAGUAGAAGCGGACCCGGAUGGUCACAGGCGCCGUAAGGAGAUCAGUAAGCAGGAAGACCUGGCUCAGCUUGCACUGGAGCAAAAAGCCAAGUUACAAAGAGAACAGGAGGCCGCCAGAACUGCUCAAGCGGAACAAGACGCUGCAGAUACUAAAGCAGCAAUGGGGUGUGAAAAAGAUCAAGGAAAAGGUGAUGGUGCAGAUCAAGGGGGAGAUGGAAGUGAUGGUAGCAGUGGGAGGACUGAUGGAGGAGAUGCGGAGAAGACAGGAAAGGAUGUGGACCAUGGCGAUAAGAAAAAGCAGAGGUCUCGAACAGGUCCUCUGGUCCCUGAUAUCGGUGCAGAUCGGGGUGUUGUGUUUGUCAGCGGGCUGUCAGACACGCUGGGUAAUGUUGGUGAGCGGGUGGAGCUUUCUUGUAAAUUGAGCAGCGAUACUUCUGAGGGACGCUGGUUUAAAGACGGAAAGCCGCUCAAAAAAGAAGACGGAGUGACUAUAUCCAAGGAUGGGAGCAGCCACAGAUUGAUCAUUGACGGCUGUAAGAAAGAUGAUGCCGCUGUUUAUCGCUUUGAGUCUGACGGACGGAAAUCUGAGGCGACACUCAGUAUUCAAGAUCCACCGAAGAUCGACGCGGAUGCGCUCAGCGAAUUCACGAAGCCUGUCAUUGUCAAAGCUGGAGAAACUGCAGAGUGGAAGCUGCCAAUUUCAGGUGGUGAGCCGAUGAAUGUGCAGUGGUACAAGGGUGAUGACGAGCUCAUGCCCGGGCUCAACGUGAGGAUGGAAUCAUGGGAGACGGCUCGAAAACUGCGCCUUUCCAAGUGCCAGAGGAAAGACACAGGAGAGGUCAAGAUUAAAAUUAAGAAUGAAUUUGGUACGACUGAAGCCAUUUCCAAGCUGAUUGUCCUGGAUAAGCCCACUCCGCCACAAGGACCUGUGGAUGUUCUGGAGAGUGCCGUGACGUCAGUGGAGUUCAAAUGGAGACCCCCCAAAGAUAACGGUGGAAGCCCUGUGACUAACUAUAUCAUCGAGAGGCAGCAAGUAGGCCGUAAUAAAUGGUCCAAACUGGGAGAGAUUUCUGGCAGCAAUGCCAGUUUCAGAGAUUCAGGUGUGGACCCCGGAAGGAGAUACAGUUAUCGGAUUCGCGCAAAGAAUGCAGAGGGAGUCAGCGAGUUCCUGCAGACGGAAGACAUACCGGCCGGUGUUUUACGUUAUCCAGGCGCACCAUCGCCCCCUAAGUUAGUCAGUGCGUUUAAGGACUGCAUCAACCUCACCUGGAGCGCUCCCUGUGACAACGGGGGAAGCAAAAUAGUCGGCUACAACUUGGAAAAGAAUAAAAAAGGCACAAACUACUGGAGCCUUGUGAACCAAGGCGGACCGAUAACAGAUACCAAAUAUGCAGUGACGGACGUGUUUGAGGGGGCAGCAUACGAAUUUAGGAUUUCUGCCAUCAAUUUGUCCGGUGCAGGCGACCCCAGUAUUCCCUGCGACACCAUCAUUGCAAGAAACCCCAUGAAACCACCUGGGAAAGUCAGCGACGUGAAGUUAACCGACUCCGAUUACACCACCAUCUCACUUGCGUGGGCUAAGCCGAAACAAAUCAAAGGGGUUGAGGAUGAAGCCCAGGGGUACUAUGUGGAGAUCAGGCCCAUGGAAAACCUGGACUGGAUACGCUGCAAUACCAUCCCCACUAUUCUGACGUCCUACACCGUGCUUGGCUUAAAGGCACUGGCCACCUAUUGGGUGAGAGUUAUUGCGACCAAUUACGGCGGUGACAGUGAACCUCAGGCCUUGGAUAAUUACAUCAUCGCCAUGCCACCACCUGUAAAGCCAAAGUUUAAAGAUCGCAACAUGAAAACAUUUGUCGUGGUGAAAUCCGGUAACAGCGUUCGUCUUCAUGUCAACUUUGAGGCGUCACCUCUGCCUGACGUGUACUGGUUAAAAGAUGGCAUUCCACUGCUCAAACACGUAAUGGUCACAAACUCUGAUAAAGGUUCCCAGCUCUUCAUCCCGACCUCUGAGCGGACGGACAGUGGCAUCUACACCGUCACCGUCAAAAACCUUGUUGGCCAGGAGAGCUUCAAUGUUGAAGUCAGAGUUACAGAUGAUCCAAAGCCUCCUGGUCCCGUGGAGCUGCAUCAGAACACACCAGGCACAGUCACUCUCUCCUGGAGCCCAUCCCCGGAUGAGAAGCGAGACGACAGACUGCACUACAUGAUUUGCAUGCGUGACUCCUUCAAGCCCACAUGGAGACCAGUGGCUGACAACUUAUUCAACAACAAAUACACUGUUGUUAACAUUGUGCCUGGACGGGAGUACAGCUUCAGGGUGUUUUCCAAAAACGACAUGGGGCCUUCAGCACCGUCCGAAUCUCAAGGGUUUAUGACUCCGAAAGAAAAAGAGAAGUUUACGGUGACAAGACCCGAAAUCAAAUCUCUGGACCUGAGUUCACCUCCAUCGUUCAUCAUCCCUCUGAAGAAGCGCAUGCCUCCACCCGGUUACGAGUGCUGCAUAAGCUGUGCGGUAAAAGGCGACCCAACACCACGGGUGACGUGGUUUCGCAACAAUAUUAGCAUCAACACAAACACCAACUACCACAUCACCAACGUCUGUGGAGUGUGUUCCCUGCUCAUUUUAAGAGUGACUCCCAAAGAUGAGGGGGAGUACAAGAUCGUCAUCGAGAACAGGCUGGGGACAGCGGAAUACUCAAUGUACAUGAACAUCAGAGAGUGAAGAUGACCAAGCGGAGCAGACAAACAACAUAUUUCUAAAUAAAUCAGGACAUGAUACUGUUUGAAUAUCUGAACUCAACUCUCCAUGUUCUGCUCAUUAAAGGAGACAUUGAG